GGGAACGCACGAUCCUCUUAAAAGUUUCGUUCUAACGUUAGUAGAAAAUCGCAAAAUAAUUCGUCAGAUAAUUUCUUAAAUGUUAUAUAAAGAAAAAUGUAUACGUUGAUACAUUCGUUGUUAAAUAGUUAAUACGUUUGAUCGUUACACGUAAAUGAGUCAAGGAGAGAAAGAGUAUUAUGAUAUAUUAUCUCGAUCCUUCUACUAUCGUGAAAAUUCGUGAAAUCGUGGAUCUUCGUCAGUCGUCAGGCGUUUCUCGCUAUCGCUCUGUGUCCUCCUCGUAAAAUUUUAUCGAGCGUGUAACCGACACCGCUCGACGCGUCGUAUCGUUCGAUUUUAACGACCAUCCCGCGCGCUCGUUUCCCUUUGAAACGCCGUCGAUGAACUUGAAAUUCACGAGAGUACGACAGGAGAUUCGGAAAGGGUUCGAGGAAGUCCGAUUUACCGUUGUUGUGAGUGAAACGCGUAACGCGUUUUCCUUUCCUCUCUUAUACAUUUACUAUUUGAUUUGGCGAGGUUAGGGUAAUGAAGAAAACUCGAAAGAUUCUUAAGAAAUCUAGUCGAAAAAUAGUCCAGCUUUAAUCCUUUUAUCCCAACGGCAUAAAUGGGGAAGGUUAUCAAGAUAAAAUGUAAAAGAGCAUCGUCUUCAUUUUGCAUCAAGAAAGUUUUCUUCGGAAUUCGUCGUUGGACGAACACAGACGAGGUACGAUAUCCACUACGUUGCAACGUUUUGAAAUGGUCAAAGAACGAAAGACAUCAAUACCCGAUGCUCGCACAAGAAGCUCCCGCGUCCGCAAAGAUCCGCUUGAGGGUAACCCCUACAGAUGGCAGCAGCAAGCAAGAUACUUUGCGUCCGAAUCGAAAGAUAGAAGAGAACGCAGCAGUUAAAUGCCUCCGCGUGGUCGUCGAAGUGCAAGCAAAGGCAAGGCUGCCGCACGAAUUAAUAAUUCUCCUUGGCGUCGAGUUACAUGGGCGAAUGCGAGUCGAAUGGUCGAGAGGGAGAGUCUGUGUCUCGUGCAAUGCAGAACAAAGAGGGAAAAAGUAGGAGAAGAAGAGGAGGAAUGACAUCGGAGCGAGAACAAAAAAGAAAGAAGGA